UCCAGAGAUAAACUUGCACUACUAUUGUCAUAUAUUUCAGUGGAGAAGAAGAAAUAGUUAUACUGAGGAAACCAAUAAUGGGAGCAAAGGGUUUCUUAACCAUUCUUUUGGCCAUCGCGUCCAUAACAGGUGCACUUUCGGCCACAUUUACAUUUAAAAACAACUGCCCAUAUACAGUAUGGCCAGGCACAUUGACUGGUGCUGGAUCCCAAUUACCUAAAACUGGGUUUGAGCUUGCGACUGGGGCAUCAUCAUCAGUUGAUGCUCCAGCUGGAUGGUCAGGUCGAUUUUGGGCAAGAACUGAUUGCUCCACUGAUUCUUCUGGAAAGUUCGUAUGUGCAACAGCAGAUUGUGGUUCAGGCAAAGUUGAGUGCAAUGGUGCUGGAGCUAUUCCACCAGCAACCCUACUUGAGUUCACUCUAAACGGACAUGGUGAUAAAGACUUUUAUGACACUAGCCUUGUUGAUGGUUACAAUUUGCCUGCCUCUAUCACUCCACAAGGUGGGUCAGGUAGUUGCAGUUCGACUGCGUGCUCGGGUAACGUAAACUCUGUUUGCCCACCAGAAUUAAGCGUUAUGGGUGCUGCUGGCAAUGUAAUUGCUUGUAAGAGUGCUUGCGAAGCAUUGCGUCAACCUCAAUAUUGUUGUACUGGUGCACACAGUAUUCCUGAGACUUGCCCUCCCACGAAUUACUCGAAGAUCUUUAAAAAGGCUUGUCCUCAAGCUUAUAGUUAUGCGUAUGAUGAUAACACGAGCACAUUUACUUGUGCUUCUGGUGGUAAUUACCUCAUUACCUUCUGUCCCUGAUUAUGAAUUUUAGAGCAUACUCUCUUGAACUUGAAUGAAGGAAUAAGAGAUAUCGUAUGGUUUAUUUGUUCAGGUUUAGUCCUUUUAUCUCUUCUGUUUUAAGUUUUUAUCAACCGAUGUUUCGCUUUA